AUGGCGCCGAAGUCCUGCACCCUCUGCGACACUACUCGUCCAGUCCUUGUGCGCUGCCAAAUAGACGAGUCAGCGAAAUGGCACUUCGUUUGUCCUGGCGCAUGUUGGAAGAGUGUCUCGGGAGGCGUGGAAGACGCGAAGGGCUUGGAAGGACAGUUUCCUUGGUAUAGAUAUGGGGGCAUGUGGAAAGAUAGAAGCGCAGACGGGCCGGUUAGUGCAAAGAAGCCAAGGAAAGUUAAGGAGAGGCAGAAGAAGGAAGACAAAGCAAGACAGGAAGGUUGUACAGUCGAGAACGGAGAAGAAGCGAGUGAGGAAGAAAUUGUAGGCGCAUAAGAUGCCGCGGGUAUAUGGCAAGACAGAGUCCCCAAGCUUCCAUCUGUGAGGUUUAAAACCAGCCGAGGCUUACACGAAUUAUGCUUUCACGUAGCACGUGGCUCUGCGGGAGGCGGGCUACAUGUUGCCCGCUGC